AUGAACCGAAAGAUGGAUCAUUCCUGGCAUUCGACGCCCAUGUUGGCGAUACUGGCUGUCAUCUACGAGCUGGAAUGCUCUUUGAAGCAUACGUUCUACACAGGGGGGAUUUCAAAACAUCCUCUGACCGGAGAAGCCCUGCCACCAAUCUGGAUAGACGAGACAAUCCGCCGUCUCGAAACAACUCGCACAAAAGCCCAACAUAUUUGUCUCGCGUUGACCCGAGAUGGUGCACGGCCGCAGACACUAGGAUUUGGCGGCAAAGAUCUUAUCAUUACGAAGGGGCUUAAGACACUUACUUGGGAGGAGGUUUCUAUUUCAAAAGGCCCAUUCUGUCUCUAUGAGAAAAACCAGAAGUUCCUUCGGCGGGAAUUUGAAUGUCUGUCCUUUACAGAUAGCACCCCAAUGUCAUCAGCGUCUUCAGAUAUUAGUCGACCAACCACACCUCCAUCUGCCGAGUCGGAAUUUGGUUCACCUUUCAAAACAGAAUGGGACCUGUAUGACAAUAGGGUCUUGGUGCGGCUGGUUAUUUACUGCUUCAUUCUCUCAAAGUACAAGACCUUCUCAAGCACGAACAAUACAGUCGCAGCUCGCCUCUGCCCAGAAGCCGCCGCUGAGCAGGGUUACGCCUUGAUGAAAGAUUUUUGGGAUUUCAAAAAUCCCGAAUACAAAAGGGCACGACUAGACAGGAUCGGACAGGAACUUCGCGUGCUACAAGUGUGGAUAUCCGAUCUGAGCUGCGCAUGGUUACACUCCAUCGCCAUCCGAUGCGACCUGAAAGAAAUGGGAAAGUAA